AAAACUCAUUACAAAGGAGCAUCCGAACUGGCCGAGCACAGUUCCAAACAGCCCCUUACAAAGGUGCAUCCGACUGGCCGAGCAGAGAGGAUCAACAUCAACUCGCCCUCAUCGACGAAAGCCAAGUCGCCAACGAGCGACGUUUGGCCGCCCUGCCCCUUCUCAGUGUUCAACGCUUCAAUCUUCGGGUGCGUUGCACGGCCUGCACUUCUGUCAAUUCUGUGGACCCGCGGUUCUGCCCCUUCCUCCCCUCUCGCCUUCUGACCAGGGGGUUUUGAACACAAAGAAUUUAGCUUCUAGCUUGUGUUGAAUGAGUAUAUAAAGCUACAUAAAGUUUCUUUCCAUGGCGUGGAGGGGAUUGCUUUCUCUCAACACAAAAAGAUUUGCGAUAUCUUCAAAUGCUGCAGUAUCAUCCUGCGGAAGUUCUGUUAAUUUCUCUUCCAAAUCCCAUCAGUAUUUGGUAAAGGUGGGGAUUCCAGAGUUCUUGAACGGAGUGGGGAAAGGAGUGGAGGCCCAUGUGGAUAAGCUUGAAUCUGAGAUUGGAGAUUUCCAGAAGCUUCUAGUUACUCGAACCUUAAGACUCAAGCGUCUUGGCGUUCCAGUAAAGCAUAGAAAGCUGAUUCUGAAGUAUGCUCACAAAUACAGACUAGGACUUUGGAGGCCUGUAGCUGAGCCCGUGAAAACAUAGUGGCACUAAGAUAUCACAAUCUGUGCAUUCAGUUUCAUAACUUAUGUGGUUCACUCCUGCAUUUUCCUGAUUUUCUUUGAAGUGUUUUUAGUAGUAAAUUUGGAUACUGACCGUCAUUUUCUUCCCAAUUAUACGAUGAUGCAAAAUGUGGUAUUUCGACCCUUGAUAAGGUUGUGGUUUUACUACUGUUGUUCUGGUUUCGGUUGACUGCAAUUUGUUUUACCUAAACACCUAUUACUGUCUUUAUCCAUUAUUUUUACGCCAUGCCUUGUUUUCAUGAUACUGAAGCUGAUCACAAAUCAUUUAGGAUUUGCGCUUGUGAAGUUAUUUUCCUCGAAUGAAAAAAAUAGUUGAAUUCACUGAAGUAACUACUU